ACAUUCAGUCAUGCAUGUGGGCAUGACUUUGUUCCCAGUACCUUCACUGUCUCUUUCCUAGUCCUGCUACAACUACUCUUUAGCCCAGGACCCGAGACAGAACCGUCCCUGUGGCAGCAGCUGGCGUCAUUUCAGGAGGCAGUGACAUUUGAGGAUGUGACCAGAGGUUGCAAGUGUCAAGAGGCCUCUCAGAAGGAUUGCAGCAGGGGCACAAUGCUGGACAGUUGCAAGAAGCCAGUCCCUCAGCGAUCCUUCUUAAAGUUCUCCAUGAUGCCACAGAGAGCUGGAAAAGAUCCCCCUCAUUUUUCAAAUCCAAGUGAAAUGGAAAAGGCGAUAAGUAACAUGAGAGAAAAGUUUCUCAUCAGCGUGAUAAAGUUAGUGGAAAGCAAUAGUUACAACAGCAAGGUAUUUUCCAAAGAAAAGUACUUUCAAACAAUAAAGGCAGUGAAAGAAGCUAGGGAGAAGGGGAGGAAAUCAUCAAGUGAUUAUUGCCGUGCAGCAAAAUAUGACGUGAUCUCUGUAGAAAGCACAGAGAAACUAAUAGAGGCUGCUCACGGAGAACGAGAUUGAAUACGGUAUUAUGUACACAAGGAAGAGCUGUUUGACAUUCUUCAUGACACACAUCUCAAUAUUGGCCAUGGCAGGCAGACACACAUGCCCAAGGAGCUGCAAGGAAAAUAUGGGAAUGUCACCAAAGAAGUCAUUGUCUUAUAUCUGACUCUGCGUAAAGAGUGCCACCAGAAGAACCCAGUAUCCAAGAGAGGCCUUGCACCCAAGCCCAUGCCAUUUAAGGACAUUGACUCCAGAUGCCAAGUUGAAAUCCUUAACAUGCAGUCAAAUGCUGAUGGUGAGUUCAAGUUUAUUUUAUAUGACCAGGACCACUUGACCAAGUUUAUUAUUUUACGGCCAUUAAAAGCCAAACAGACCCAUGAGGUGGUCGCUGUCCUGUUGGAUAUUUUCACAGUUCUUGGUACACCCACGAUGUUAGAAUCUGACAGUGGCUUGGAGUUCACAAACCAGGUUGUCAAUGAGCUCAAUGAGGUAUGGCCAGACCUAAAGAUUGUCCCUGGUAAGUACCACCCUGGCCAAGGCCAGGGCUCCCUGGAGCGAGCAAGCCGUGAUGUCAAGAAUGUGCUAAGUGCCUGGAUGCAGAGUAACCAUUCACAUCACUGGGCCGAAGGCCUGCAAUUCAUGCAGAUGGUGAGGAAUCAGGCCUAUGAUGUUUCCUUGCAGCAAAGUCCAUGUGAGGUGAUGUUUGGUUGUAAAGCCAAAUUUGGACUCUAUUCCUCACACCUACCCUGGGAAACCAUGGCUGUUUUACAAACAGAAGAAGAACUAGAAAUUGCUGAAGAACAACUAGAAAGCAGCCUUUGGAUCAGGUAGGAAGAAAGAGCUGAGGUCGGAGCAGACCGAUCUGACAUGGACGAGGACGUCAAUCCCACUCCUCCCAAAGCUGCAGAGCCCAGCACCUCGCAAGGGGCCCCAGGUCUCUUCUGCUGGUGAACAGACACCUGCCUCUGGGCACCAUGUAGCCACCUGAGAACUGUUGCCAAGGCCCCAGAUGAAAGGAAUGAAGGUCACACUCUCAGGAAGGCUGUCCAUGGUAGUUCUGGCUCACAAGGGGAAAGCAACUUGGGUCUCUGAUCUCGGGCUGCCAUAAAAAUUUACCACAAAUGUGGAGGCUUAAAACAACAGCACUUUCUUCUCCCAUAGUUCUGGAUGCUAGAGGUCUGAAAUCAAGGUGUUGGCAGGGUUCGUCCCUUCUGGAGGCUCUGAGGGAGAAUCCAUUCCAUGCCUUUCUCCUUUGGUGGCUGCUGGCAGUCCUUGCAUCCCUUGGCUUAGAGUA